AUGGAUGCGAGUUGCGCGACGGCCAGGAAGGAGAAAGAAGAGAGGGAGUAUAUAUCGAUGCGCAGGAGGACACGGGCGAAGGAAAGUUGGAACCCUAACAAAGACAAAAAGGAUGUCUACACCCACAGGUCGUGGAAAACCGAUGAGCUCACGUGCAUCCCACCAAUGUAUUACACCGACUGUGGUGGCGGCUGCUCUGAAGAAAACCUGCAGAUAUUUUCCAUUAAAGUGGAAUCGAUAAGAGGAGGUUUACGGUGGCCGCUAGACGUGUCUGGCAUCGUCACCGCGCGCGAUACUUUGGACACGGAUCGCAAGCGUAACAUUGUCUUCGCCCGUUCGAGGAGUAACUGCCAGACCAUCACAGAGGAGUGUCCGUAUCUAGAACUCACGGGUCCUACUCGUGCUGUUGUGGUCGAUUUCGACCCAGGGAGUUUUGAGGUUGUGCUCAAAGUUAAGGGCGCAACUGAAUCUGCUGAUAGAGACCUAAGUUUUCUAGUCCUGCCAUUAGAAGAACGUUAUCAGUAUCAUAGGUAUUAUACUAGUAAAAAUAGCACACUGGAGUUAACACUCCGCCGCGUUGAUCAGUCUGUGGAGGCAACAAUCAGUAUGCGACUCGCUGCUGGUUCAUCAUGGCCACGCGGUUUCCAGGGUGUAUUUACCGCCAGUAUUGCCAGUAUAGAUGAUGCCGAAGUUUCCUUGCUUUCUUUUGAAGAUGAUAGAUUGCCAGUUAAUGCCGAUGAUGGCAUCAUCAAGCUGACACGGCGUGUUGUCUCCGUUGAACGCGAGCAUGGAGAGCUGAAAGUUUCUGCCACAGCAUGGUGUGCAAAUGAUGAGCAAGACACUAUGACAAAUGACAUAGUUUUCACACCUAGGUUCGCGGGUAGAAGUUGUGGUGUGCUUAACGUUGGCACAUGUAAGAUCCAAAUCACUGUGGCCUGGUCCCUUUUUGACUGGUAA